UUUACCUUCACACCCAGAGUCGAUUUUCUGGUGGAUUUUUGUGAAAAAUUCACGCAAAAUGGGACUUUUAACAGACCCAUCGGUCGUGCAACAACGAAAAUACUUUGUCAAAGUCCUAAUCCAGUACGGGAGACGCAUUUGUUUCCUCUUGUACUUGGCCGGCGUCGUUUGGUUCGGAUGCCUUGCCCACAACGAUCUCAAUACAGCGACUUAUUUCAGUGAAAAUGCCCUUUUGCCAGGUCUCGUUUACUCGGAAAUUCGUUCCACGGAGCUUGGUAACAUCGCUCGUCGAUUACUGGAUGACUUGAAUGCCGAACGAGAGACUCACAACACUGACACUCCACACGCUUUUCUCCUGGCAAAGAUGAAAAAGAUCGGACUAGACACUUACACGCACAAUUUUACGCUAAACUACCCUCUUGGCUCGCGCAAAGUCUACGAAGGCAAAAACGUUUAUGGCAUUUUACGAGCUCCUCGUAUCGCCAGUACUGAAGCAAUUGUCAUCAGUGUCCCAUAUCGUGCUCCCAACUCCGUGCAUCCACAAGUCACGCACGGCAUCCCGUUAAUUCUCGCCUUUGCGGAAUUCGCCAGGAAGCAAAAAUACUGGGCCAAGGACAUCAUUUUUCUCGUCACGGAACAAGAGCAACUCGGAAUGCAGGCAUGGUUGGAAGCGUAUCACGGCUUUGACGAUAACCCGGUGUUGCGUUCGGGCUCAUUAGAUGCUCGUGCCGGACAAAUUCAGGCUGCGAUCAACUUGGAGGUGCAGGAUUUUGACGUCGAGAAGAUAAAUGUGAAGCUGGAAGGGCUCAACGGACAACUACCGAACCUGGAUUUGCAUAAUUUGGUGCAAAAAUUGUCACAUAAGCAAAGUAUUUUGACCGGGUACAAGGUCGCGGGUGACGGCAGACGCGGAAUUACGUUCGAAGAUCGUCUCAUGAACUUGCUUUCGAUGGUUUUUUCGCAAGCAAGUGGCGUCCCGACCGGAAAUCACGGACUUUUUCACAAAUAUGGCAUCGAAGCUGUUACGUUGGAAUGCCUCAAACCGAUGUCAACGAGUGAUUCGCGUCGUCGAACGGGGAUUGUAUCACUUUUGAAGAUCGUCGAAGGCAUUACUCGAAGUUUGAAUAAUUUGUUGGAGCGUUUCCAUCAGUCGUACUUCUUUUAUUUGAUUGUCGCAUACGAUCGUUUCGUCUCGAUCGGAGAUUAUAUUUGGAGUAUCGCCCUCAUGGCGGGUGCUUUGCUCAUCAAAUCGUUCAUCAUGUGGCUCAAAUUGAAUCUCCCCGAAGAGGAAGACGACAAAAAAUCGGAGAAAAAGGAGAUUUUCGUACCGAAAAAGGAAAUUUCUUUCGAUUAUUUGAAAGUUGGCACCGUUAUCAUCCUCGCUCAUGUCGCUGGCGUCCUCACAUCGUACUUGCCCUUCAUGGAAAACUGGAAUCAAUUCAUUUUUGAGAAUAAUAUUCCGACCGUGAAAGGUGUUUAUUACGCCCUGCAGAUCGGAAACGCCAUUGGACUCAUGAUUCCGUGCUUUAUUCGUCUCACGAAGGAAGCUGCGGAACUCUUGCACAUCGCAUUACUCUUAGAAGUCGGAACUGCCUUGAUCGCCAUCUCAAUGGUGAAUUUCUCGCUCGGAUUCUUACUUUCGCUGGUAACUGUGCCAUUCGUACUGAUACUCGAUCCAACCUGGAUGACCGAAAACACCCUCAAAAAUGUCCUGUCGCGUGGCUUGUACUUGCUAAUGCAUCCGUUGUUCGUCGUUUAUGCCACCGUUGCCGUAUUGACAUUUUCCCAAUUUCCAGAAUUGAAUUUUCUCAGUAUUUUUCACAGAGCUUACACAGCAACGUUGGAUGGACUUACGUAUUCUGUCGUUGAUUCGGUGAUCUACGGCAAUUUCUUGUUCGCUUUGAUAAGUCUGAUUUUCUUUCCCACUUGGAUAAUGCUUUUUACGACGUUAAGCGCGACGGGUCACAAACAAGUGGAUGUCAAGCAGAAACAGCAGUGAAGAAUUCCAAAGCAUUUAAUGUAGAUUUUUAGAAAAUUGAAUAAAUAAGAAAUUAAUUUGAUAAUUUUUAUGGAAUUUUUAUUGCAUUUUUUAACAAAAAAGUUUUAGUACAUAAUUGAUAUUUAUUCGAAAUUUAUUUUUAUUUUUACCUGAAGACAAUGAAAAAUUAAAAAGAUUUUU